GCUGGCUUCUACGGCUGGCUCGCUUUUGUGAAGACCAAGAUCUUGCCAGCGGUGCAUGAGAGGUUCCGGGAGAAGCAGGAAGAUCGGUGGAAGGUGGCAGAAGCGGAGGCAGCUUGGGAUGCGCUGCGCCCGGCAAAUUCGGUUGCUGCCUCCGGCAAGUUGGAGAAGUUGGUGGAGCUGCUGGAGGAAUUCCAAGGCGUGGACAACGACGCAAACCGGAUUCUGGUGUUUGUGGCCCAGGUGGAUGAUGCGUAUGCGCUGGCUGUGACCAUCAACCGCUAUCUCGGCAAACCUGAUGUGGUGUCAGCAAUUCCCACCUAUCGCUGUGACACCGCAGAUGGACCGGUGCAUGUUUGGCGGCAUGCCUUUGACUUGCGUGGUUUGGGAGAUGGAGUUUGCAAGGACCCGCUCACACUCUAUCACUACACCAAUGGCUUGUGCUUCAGGAACGUGGGAAACAUGACGCAGUCGUCUUCUCAGCUAUUUGCAUCUUUGCUUGAUGAAAGGGCCCAUUUCGGGAAAGGUCUAUAUGCCAGCCAGCACGAGCCCGCUGUCUGGAACUCCCGCACGCGCAUCCUGCUAAACAACUACAGCAACGGCGAUCCCCUACGUGACCCAUUAGAUGCAGAGGGUGCUCAAAGGGUCAGGGAGUGGGGUGAUGAGAACAGGCACGGGCACCGGGCUGCAUAUUGCAUACCACUCAUCGUACCAAGAGACAUGGCCUACAACAUCUUCCAGAGACAAACGCCAGACAUUGCCGCGAAGGUGGUGGAAGACAGAAACGGAGAGACCAGGCACGUACGCCUUGGAGAAGAUUACAAAGGACGCCCCGUGCAUUCUAACCGGGAUGUCUGGAUCAUCCGGAUUGCUGAGGCCGGAGCAGUCGGACAUGCACAUGCGAGCACCGAUGAUGUCAUCAAUCUGCUGGAGCGGCGUCUGGCAAAGUUGCGAAUGUCAGCAGGAAGCCUUGACAGCAAGACCUUCGACUGUCUCUCCGAGUUAGGCCACAGAUAUCAAAGCCGUGCGCGUUUCGAUGAAGCUGAGCGACUUCUACGAGAGGCUUUUGAGGGAAGACUGGAGAAGUUGGGCGAGUCGGACCGCGGCACUCUAAACAGCAUGGCGGGGCUGGCAUCCGUGCUGCAGGAGCGAGGGCAGUUGGACGAGGCCGAGCCCCCGGUGCGCAAAGCCUUGAAGAUCAGCCAGGCCACUCUUGGUAGCACUGACCCUGCGACCCUCGGCAAGUUGGAUGCUGCGGCUACCCUUCUGCAGGCGCAGGGACGGUUCACGGAGUCGGAGGAAUUCUUUUCCCAGGCGCUGCAGGGCAAGAAGCAAGUGCACGGAAGCAACCACCCGGACACGAUCAUCGCAGUGGGUCACCUUGGCCUCGCUGUUCAGGAGCAAGGACGGCUGAGCGAAGCUGAAAAGCUCUUCCGCGAGGCGUUGGCCAUCAGUCGGGAGACCCUCGGCGAGCUGCAUCCCCACACGCUGACGAGCCUGAGCAACCUUGCAAGCGUUUUGCUGAAGCUGCGGCAGUUCAGUGAGGCAGAGGAUCUAUUCAAGGAGGAACUUGAAAAGUGCCGGUCGAAGCUCGGAAACAUGCACCCGGACACCCUCAUCAGCGUCAGAGCAGGGCCGGCUGAAAGAAGCGGAGCCCUUGAUCCGUGA